GGAUUCAGGUCAAAGGAGAAGAAGGAGAAGAAGUCCAUGUGUUUGUUGCCAAUGAUAAGACACAUGAUCUCAGGAACAAUGAGAUACGAAGGAUCAUUGAAUUGGUGGUUUAUGAUAUGUGUUCCGAUUCUAAAUGAUAUUUUAGCCGUUUAUGAAAGUAUUAUAAAUUUGAACAAUUCAUGCCGCUUAAAUCGGUGUCGUUUUGGUAACUCCGUAAAUAGAGAUACGUUUGGCUCUGAAGACUGACUACUCAGUACUCAUUAUUCAAAGCGACCAAAAGCUCUCUCUAUCUAAUGGAAGUCAACGACGAUGGAGAAAGAAGGCUCGAGAUGGAAUCGGUACUCAGCAUUAAUUGGGCUGAGUUGACUCGAGAGUGUCUCAUUGACAUCUUCUCACGGCUGAGCCAGGAACAAAGAUGGAUCGGACCGAUGUUGGUCUGUAAGACCUGGAUGAACGCAUGCCAAGACCCGUCAUUCAACACAACCUUCGAUCUCGAAACUCGGUUUCUGUCGUUCCCCGAGUCGAUCAACUGGUGGAUUCCAGAAUUUGAGGAUAAAGUCGAUUCCUUGCUCCGAUCAGUAGUUGAUCAGAGCCAAGGCGGCCUCACAGAGAUUCGGGUCAGACACUGUACGGAUCACUCUCUAUCUUACGCUGCUGAGAGUUUCAGGUGCCCUAACCUGGAGGUACUCUGGAUUAAGAGCUGUCCAAAUGUUACAGAUGCUUCGAUGAUAAGCAUAGCUUCAAACUGUCCAAACCUUAGGGUGCUAGAUAUGAGCUACUCUUAUGGUAUAUCUCACGAGUCUCUGAUAAUGUUGGGGAGGAACUGCCAGAAACUAGACAUUCUCAAGCGGAAUCUAUAUCCUCGGCUAAAUCCACUCAGGCCUGUAAUUGUCGCUCCGCUCGACUAUCUGGCUUCUUAUCCUAAAAACGCAAAUGUGGAGGCUGAGAUUAUUGGGAGACACAUGCCUCAGCUCAAGCACCUGGAGUUUCGAUACACCACAUUGACCGCUAAGGGUCUUGCCUCGGUUUGUGAAGGGUGUCUGGAUCUAGAGUACAUGGACUUAUACGGGUGUAUAUCCUUGACGAGCGAUGUGAUAACCACGAGUACCUCGACCUUGAGGAAUUUGAGGGAGAUCAAGAAGCCGGAUUUCAACUUCCCUAUGGCUAUUCUACGCAUGUCAAGACCGGGUAAUCCGAGAGAGGGAUGAUGAUAUUAGGGUUUUUGGAAGCAGGUUUCGAUGCUCUCUCUCUGCUUCCUCUAUCACAUGUCCAAUUUGUUCUAUUUUGGGAUUUCUUGAGUGUUGAAUCGGUUUGGUUUGAGGUUUAUUUCCAGUAGAAUCGUUGUGUUGUUUCAAUGUGUUAAUGUUUAAAAUUUGAUGAUUAUUAUUAAGUCUUCUAGUUUAUGUUCUCUGUUUAGUACAAAAAAAAACUAUUCCACCAAUGACCUUGUAGUUUAUGAUAUUUUAGAAA